GCCUGGAGUCACAGGGUAGAACACGUAGCUCCAGUCCACCCACUCGCUCACAUUUAACCCAGCCUGCAGCCUUCCAAUUACUUCUCAACCCGCCCGCUCCGGCUCGCCCCAUUACAGCCGCGAAGCGCUGCAAAGUGGAGGGACAUGAGCGAUAGCAGCGGCAGCAGGACGAGCGGUGGCCGCUAAGUCUCUCUCGGCCCUCGGGAGACGGGCGCGCUGCCCUGCGACUCUUCUCGGCGGGGGACGCUCCUAGUGCCCGGUAGCUGGCAGCGGGACUCCUGCUUCUCGCCGGCUUCGUCGCUGUCCACGCUGAGAGGAAGGGCUGUAGCGGCCAUCCAGCCUUAACCCCAGGAGAGAGCUUGAGUUAAAAAAAGGAAGGCUGAAGAGCGCAGAUUAAAUGGAAAGGAUCACCAGUGCCCAGCCUCCUCCACCUUGCCUGGGCAAACUGCCUGUCCUGGAGAGCAGCGACAUGCCGGGGUUGGAUUUUGCUCACAUGUAUCAAGUUUAUAAGCCCAGGAGAGGGUUAAAGAGAGGCGAUGACAGUAAGGAGACCUAUAAGUUGCCCCACAGACUGAUAGAAAAGAAAAGACGUGAUAGGAUUAAUGAGUGCAUUGCCCAGUUGAAAGAUCUUUUACCAGAACAUCUCAAACUUACAACACUAGGUCACUUGGAAAAGGCAGUUGUUCUUGAACUUACCUUGAAGCAUGUGAAAGCUCUCACCAGCCUCAUUGAGCAGCAACAGCAACAGAUUAUUGCUCUGCAGAAAGGUUUACAUGCUGAUGAGCUGCCACCAAGGAGCCUUGAGUCUAGCCAGGAGAUGUUUCGGUCUGGUUUCCAGAUGUGUGCCAAAGAAGUGCUGCAAUACGUGGCGAAACACGAGACUAGCAAGGAUCUGAAAUCUUCCCAGCUCAUCAGCCACCUACAAAGAGUGGCCUCAGAUAUUCUUCAGAGUGGAGCCAGCAGAAAAUCUGGAGAUGCUGUUCCUAAACUGAUGGACUUUAAAGAAAAUUCUGGCUCUUUGACCAAAGCAGCUGAGGCGCAUGGGAGAAACUGUGUGCCGGUGAUUCAAAGGACUUUUGCCCAUUCCAGUGGGGAACAGAGUGGCAGCGACACAGAUACAGACAGUGGAUAUGGGGGAGAACUGGAAAAAAGUGACUCUAAAUCUGACACACAGUAUUUUAAGAAGGACUCUGAGCUCAAAUAUUCUGUCCAAGAAAGACUCAGUUCUAUCAAACAGGAAAAUGAGGACCCCCCUGCCAAAAGGACCAGGAUGGAAACAUCAGAGGAUGAAGGCCAUUUUAGUAGCGACAUGCUCGGCUCCUCAAGCAGUUUCUUGGGCCCUCACCCUCAUCAGCCUCCUCUAUGCCUGCCUUUCUAUUUGAUCCCACCCUCUGCAACAGCCUACCUGCCUAUGUUGGAGAAGUGUUGGUAUCCGGCAUCUGUGCCAGUCUUAUAUCCAGGCCUCCCAGCAUCCACUGCAGCUCUUUCGGGGUUAAUAAACCCCGAUAAAAUCUCUCCUCCUUUACUGAUGUCUCAGCAACUCCCUUCUCCAGUACCAUCUCAUUCUCCCAUGGACUCUACUGCUCUGCUUCACGCCUUGCGGCAAAUGUCUCCUUUGAAUUUGGAAACCAAAGAGUAGAUAUUGGGGUCAGGAAGGGGGGGUAACUUUUUGCUGGGAUUUUUGUUGUUGUUCAGUUUGAGAUUAUUUCAGGGUUUUUUUCUAAGUUGGCUGAAUGGAUACAGAGGAGUUGGGAGAUCUUUGAUCAUGUCCAUGCAGGGAAACUAAAUUCUCCCUUUGUUUGAUUGCCCAGGAAAUUUAGGAAAAACCUCAGAGAUAUCCUCAAAUUAGUAUACAGGGGGAAAUUUUGUAAUUAAAUGUUUUGAAAUGCUUUUUACUUUUUUGCCAUCUACAGAUCAACGCCUGACUUUAGCUAGCUGAGAUUAACUUUCAAAGCUGUGAAGGAAAAGUAAAACAGUCAGAUUUAGGGUCUGUGAAUUUUAAAAAGCAUGGUACUACUUGUGAGGACCUUUGGCCUGUAGACAAGAGCUGGUUUCUCCAUUCCCCUCCUAACAAUAUUGAUGAUCUUUAACUUAACAUAACACAUGCAUAUAUACAUACACGUACAUAUAUGGCGAUUGAAGCAUUGGAAGUAAUUCUGCUAGUAGCAGUCAAUGGCUGAUAGAGCACAGUAAGUAAUUCAGGGAGAUUUUGAGACUGGCUUCUCACCACAUUUCUGCUGAAAAAUACAUAUAUACACAUGCGCGCUGCCUGGAAGUUUUUAUAGAGUACAAAAUGAAUGAAUGAACGAAUAUAUUAAAUUUAAAGUGCGGUUCAGUUUCACUUGAGUUGUUAGGUAGGCUAUAUAAUGGUAUUAGACAUAUUUUUAUAUGGGAAUGCCUGCCACCAACUGCUCACUCUAUGGAUUCAAUUGUUUGCAAAAAUAUUAGUAUAAUUACGUUACCAGACAUCAACUCUGAAUUUGUCCCCUGUAUUACAGUAUUUGAAGAAAGCCAACUCUGGCUGUUACAUUAGGCAGUUGUGUGUUUAAUUGGGCAGGUAACCUUCUCCAAAAUACCAGUCCAAACUACUCUGUAAAUGAAGCCCAUAAGAAACAUUACCAUUGCCAGGAUUAAGGGCUUACCCAAAUCUCACAUAGUUGGUGCCAGCACCUUGGUAAAGCCAGGCAGCUGCCUGGGGCUCAUGAAUGUUUGAAAGGCCCACCCAGCCUCUCCUGAGCAAUCUGUAAUCCACCUUCCCUGCUUCUUGCUUGGUGCUCAGAAGGCAAGGGGUGAGAGGAGAACAAAUAGUCAAAAUAGCACCCCAAACCUCAUCCGUGGUUUGGAAUAAAGCACUUUAAAACAAAGUCAAAUCGAGGGACUUUGUAAGUAGGAAGGUGGAGGGAUUCUGCUGUGGAAGUUGCUGCUGGAAGCGUCUUCCCCGCAAGUAGAUUAAGAAUCAUGGAAGUGAAUACGCAGCACAUUCUUGGUAAAACAAAUGCUGGUUUCUUGUCCAGAUGGCAGUGUCAGAGCUGGCCUUGGGCUCUCAUAUGAGCAGCCAGAUGAAGUGUUUUGUUGUUUCAUUUCCAUGCAGACAUGUGCUGCCACCACCCACAGCUGAUCCACACAUCGGUAGAGACCAGUACGUGCUAUGCAGUUGUCACAGCUAGACUGCCCUAUUCACUGUGGGAAUGUCAUGGUGGAAGAGGUGCCCACCUUUCCCUGGGACAUUUCCUGAGCUCAUGGUUGUGGAGGACAGUACCAGAUGCCAUCCUCUGGAUGAGUCCAAACCUCUCUUCAAAGACUGCAUAUAUUCUGUGUUGAUGAAUACUCAAAUCGGAUUUGGCUGUUCAGAAUAGUAAUAAUCAGCAUGAAAUGGUGGUGUCAUCUUGGUAGUUCUGAGAAAUUCAUAGAGUGGUUGUCCAAUGAACUCUCCUUACACUAUUGCACCAAUUGCUAGAAUGCACUAUGCUUGAUUGCAGAUCGUGUCUGAGCAUUUAUUUUAUUGUUCAUUUAAAAAAUUCUUUUUGUACACAGUUGUUGCCUUUAUUUGUAAAAUCUGUUAUAAAUAUAAAUGUGUACAUAGAAAUAUAUAUUAUAUGGAUAUGUAAAAUAAAAUGUUUCAGAAGUCUAUUAUUUGUAAAACUACUUCAGUACAAAGAAGGUGGGAAAUAUGAAUGUAUUUCUGUUUUUUUUCCUUUCUAAAGAGAUUUUUGUUUUUCUCUAGGGAGAGGUAGAGUGUUUAUAUUUUUGGAACCUUCCUGAAGGUGGGGAUAUUGUAAAUAUUUUUAUCAGAGUAAAUGUUAAGUAGUUGUUUUAAAAAAUACUUAAUAAAAUUCUUUUCCUGUGGAA